AUGGACGAGAAAUACGACGCCAUCAUCCUCGGCACGGGCGUCAGCGAGUGCGUGCUCUCGGCGCUGCUCUCCGUCGACGGCAAGAAGGUGCUGCACAUGGACCGCAACGACUACUACGGCGCAGACGCCGCCAGCCUCAAUCUCACGCAGCUCUGGGCGCGCUUCCGCGAGGGCCAGGAGCCACCGAAGGACAUCGGCCGCGACCGCGACUACGCCAUCGAUCUCAUCCCCAAGUUCAUGAUGGCCAACGGCGAGCUGACCAAGAUGCUCGUGCACACCGACGUGACGCGCUACCUCGAGUUCAAGCAGAUUGCCGCCUCGUACGUGUACCGCGACGGGCGCAUCGCCAAGGUGCCGGCCACGGAGAUGGAGGCCGUGCGCUCGAGCCUCAUGGGCCUGUUUGAAAAGCGCCGCGCCAAGAAGUUCUUCGAGUUCAUCCAGAAUUGGCGCGACGAGGACCCGGCCACGCACCAGGGCCAGGACCUCGACGGCACGCCCAUGACGAAGAUCUACGACUACUUCGGCCUCGAGGCGGGCACGCGCGACUUCAUCGGCCACGCCAUGGCGCUGCACCAGGACGAUGCCUACCUGCAGCGCCCGGCGCGCGAGACGUACGACCGCAUCCUGCUGUACACGUCGUCGAUGGCGCGCUACGGCAAGUCGCCCUACAUCUACCCGCUGUACGGCCUCGGCGAGCUGCCGCAGGGCUUUGCGCGUCUCUCGGCCAUCUACGGCGGCACGUACAUGCUCGACAAGCAGGUCGACGAGAUCGUCGUUGAUGCCGAGACGGGCAAGUUCAGCGGCGUGCGCUGCGGCGACGAGACGGUGCAUGCCGACAUGGUCAUUGGCGACCCGUCGUACUUCCGCGCCGGCGUCGGCGAGAAGAAGACGCCGCUCGUGCGCGAGACGGCAAAGGUCGUGCGCGCCAUCUGCUUCCUCAAGCACCCCAUCCCCAACACGGACAACGCCGACUCGGUGCAGCUCAUCAUCCCGCAGAACCAGGUCGGCCGCAAGCACGACAUCUACGUCGCCUGCCUCUCGAGCGCGCAAAAUAUCUGCGCCAACGGCCUGUACGUCGCGCAGGUCUCGACCAUUGUCGAGUCGUCGACGCCCGAGCUUGAGCUCAAGCCCGGACUGGACCUCCUCGGCCCCAUCUACGAGAAGUUCCUGCAGAUCUCGCCGCUCGAGGAGCCGAUCAACUCGGGCGCCGACGACAAGAUCUUCAUCACGCGCUCGCUCGACUCGCAGAGCCACUUCGAGUCGCUCGUCGACGACGUGCGGGACGUGUGGCGCCGCGCCACCGACGGAAAGCCGCUCGACCUCAAGAAGCGCGCCGAGGACGAGGGCGCGCAGGUGCAGGCCUGA